AGUCCAAAAGCCCAAUCAUAUUCAGGCUACUAGUGCACAUGUAAACACGCUUGUGGAGUCUGUUGUUGAAAUGGUUAUUGACUGACAGAAGGAGAGAACAACAGGCUCCUUUAGGCCUUUUAAAACAUGGUCAUUAUCCACCCAGCAGAGGGAAACACAAUGACUUGCCUUUUUGUAGAACCCAUUAAACUAUCUACCACAAAACUCCACACGUGAGCUUGUUUUUUAACAUACAAUGGGUUGGUAUUAGACAAGGCUGCACCUUCUUCACCAAGGUUUUAUUUCCAUUCUGUGGCUUUACAUUUUUAUGAGUUUGAUUUUUAUUAAUGUACCAUGUAUGCAUGUUUACUCUCAAUUAUGUUUUGUUAUAUUUUGGGUUCUACUCAGUUUUGUGAUUAUGUCCUUUUCUUUUUGUUCUUUUGUUUUCCCUUCUGGUCCUUACUGUCCUUUGACUCUCACUUCCAUCCCUUUUUGUACUCCUGUCCUCUCUUUUUUACCUUGCGUUGUAUGUUUUUGGAUUUCUUUCCAUCCUCCUUGCUGGCUGUCACCAUCUCCCUCAGCCAGCAGGGUCUAGUGGCCAGAUGCAGCCUGUACACUCGGCACAUGGACAGCAGAGCUGUUGGACUGCUGGACAGAUCCUUGCCAGGUCUGAGAGCAGUGGGGGAUCAGUCAUACGCACUGGGACACACAGACACAUACAGGUUGGCCAGUAUUCACACACCACAAAGCAGGUCCCAACCUCUCUCACUUCCUCCUCUGUUUGCACCAAAGAAGGGGGACCUCUGCAGCCAGGCAAGCAAAGAGACACACGUGGGUUCAGUUGCAGAAGCCUGUGGUGCUGAAGAAGAGAUCAAGGUGUUGGUCAACCAGAGACACACGUCAGAGACACAGAGCGACAGAAGCAGGCGAGGCUGGUCGUGGACCGUAGGAGAGAACUGCUGCACCGCCCAGUGGGUGAAGCAGAAGCAGGAACACAGGAGCACCCGGCCCUGGUAACCAGGAACCGGUUCUUAUCAAAGUACUGAGAGAUUAUUCAAAUGUUGCUGCAGAAAAAUACUUCUCUGUUUAAUUUUGAAAGCAUGCUUUCAAAACAAAUGUAUGCAAAAGCAGUGGCAUUGAUGUGGCAUUGAUGUUUAGCAUUGAUAUCUCCUGCUGAGAGCUCUAUCAAACUUCACUUCAAGGUUUAAACUGUGACACUGCCAAUCUUUGUGGUUUAAAAGAAGAAUGUCCGUCUUCGUAGGUCUACAAGAUGAAGUCAUUUUACUGUCAUCGGGUAGUCUUAACUGACAAACUGGUGCUCAGAGAGAUAUAUGGAGGUGUUUAACCCUUAAAUGGGCACUCAUUGAAAUACUUGCAAAUUCCAAAUUUCAACCCUAGAGAAUAUUGGAGGAUAUUACAUACAGCCAGAAUGUGUAAAAAUACGGACCCAGGGGAGGGGGGUUAUAUUUUGAAAAAAAAAAGUAAGAUAUUUAAGUGGCAAAUCUACGAGAGAAAAAAAUGUGCAGAUUUAUGAGAUUUAAAGUGGUGAAUCUGCGAGAAAAAAAUGUGUUUUUUUCCCCACUUUUUUCUCUUAAAUCUGCAACUUUUUUCGCCCAUAUUUGCCACUUUAAAUCUCGUAAAUCUGCAACUUUUUUCGUGCAGAUUUGCACCUUUAAAUCUCUUAAAUCUGAUACUUUUUUUCUUGUCGAUUUGCUACUUUAAUCUAAUAAAUUUGCAACUUUUUUCUCUAAAUAUUACAAAUCCAUGUGGUUCUACAACCUCACAGAGAGACACGGGGACCCCAUUUUGAUAUCCACUGAAGUUACCAAAUAUAGUUCUUCGCCCGAUAAAGGGUUAACUACAAGAACCAUCAGACACCUUGCGGCGCAGGUGGAUUCCCACUAGAUCACGUGAGAAUCGUGAUAACAGUAAAUUCCAUCUCGUCAAGCUUCAAGUCAGCCAAUAAGUAACUCAGUACAUGAGUGACAUACCUUUGUGUCAACAGCAGUCUUACCUUCUGGGGAAAUGCUAACCUCUAUUUUUAGACAAUUUUGCAAUGCCUUCGCUUGUUAUGCAAGCUCAGCAGUUUUUGAGCGAGCCAAAAUAUUGUGGAAACUUUUUCAGAGCCGAGUGGAAAGUGUCUAUUUUCACAUCAGUAAUCUGAUCUUUAAGAAAGGAACAAUGGUGUGUAUGAUGGACUCUUGAGAAGUAAAGUUGACAUAAUUAUGAACGUCCCUUCUCACUCACUGUACAGUCAAUUUGACCUUUGACCUUCAGGGAGCGUUAUAUAUAUAUAUAUAUAUUCCUGACAGCUAAUACAAAUAUCAAAGUGCUGUUCAGGUAAUAAUUGAAGCUAGAGUCUGACAGACAGGAUACAGGGAGGUGCUGCUGACCUUUUUUUUAAUGAAUGUAUUAUUGAGACAAUGUGUUGUAUGUUUCAUGACAUGUUUUAUGGUAAAACUGAAGGCCAAGUUCCACAUUGGACAAUAAAGUUUUUGUAUUUGUA